AUGGAAUCAUUUGAAUCAAAAUCAGUUGAAAUUUUUAUCAAAAGUAAAAUUGAUCAAGAUUUAGUUCAUAAAUUAAUUGUCAAAACUUUACAAAUCAUUCCUUGUCCUAAUGAAACAAAAGAAUAUAUUCAAGAGAAUAAAAAAUUACCUUCCUUACAAAAAUUUUUAAACAGAUUAAUUGAUUGUUUAAAUCUUAAUAAUGGAAUUUUAAUGUUUACCAUGAUCUAUUUAAACAGAUUGAAAUUAAAAUUACCAAAUAACUGUAAAGGUUUACCUUCAACAAGACACAGAAUUUUAUUAUCAUGUCUUAUAUUAUCAAUCAAAUUUAAUAAUGAUUUUUCCUUAAAAAAUCACGAUUGGUUAAAAUUAACUAAUAGAUUAUUCAACUUAAAAGACAUCAACUUAAUGGAAAGACAAUUGUUAUAUUUAUUGAAUUGGAAUUUGGUAGUUAGUGAACAAGAAAUCUUAUUAAAUUUCAAUAAGUUCUUAACUCCUAUCAAAGAAAGUUUAAUCAAUAAUUAUAGAAUGAAACAAUAUUUAUCACAACAAAAGAAAUCACCAAAAUCACCAAAAAAAUCCUCAACAGAAUUAUCACCUCCAACAACUCCAGUGUCGAUGAUCUCAUCAAGAUCAAGAUCACCAUCACCAAAUUAUACCCCAAAUUCUCAAGAUUAUUCACCAAAAACUCCUAUCAAUACCAUUAAAACAAAUAUUUCAAGCUUAAACCCAACUUUGAAUCAAGAACAAAGUAGAAAAUCUUCAACUUCAUCAAUUUCAACCAUAUCAUCCGUUUCGUCAUCUUCAUCGUUUGAAUAUUCUUCUUAUGGUCAAAAUUCUUUCUCAUCAAUUGACAAUCUCGAAAUUUCAGGUAAAGUUAAUCCAAUAUUCGAAUUAACUGCCUUAAAUGAACAAUAUGAAUUAAACAGAUUGUUGGAAAGUUUCAACACCAAUUUAUAG